GUCUGCAGAACGUUCUAGUAUCAUCGCGACGUACGUCAGUACUUCAGUCGUCAAAUAGAGACAAAAGAGUGUCAAAGUCAAAAAGUCGAUCGAAUUUUUUUACAAACAAUAAAAUUAUAUAUUUUGAGAAAUUCUUUAUUAAAAAAAAAUAAAACAAAAUGCCCCGUCGAGGAAGGUCUGCUAGCCCCCCACCAGCACCAAGACGUGCUGCCUCAUCGAAUUUGCCAGCAAGGGCCCCUCCAGCAGCCCCGCCAGCCCAUGCACCUGCAGCCGCUACACCCAUGCAGGCCCAACAACAGCCAUCUAUGUUCCAGCAGAUGGCUGCAACAGCUGGAGGAGUCGCUGUUGGAUCCGCUGUGGGUCAUGUAGUAGGAGCCGGUAUAACUGGUCUCUUCUCUGGUGGUUCCUCCAGUGAAGCAGCACCUGCACAAGCCCCUCAACAAUUGCAACAACAAGCUGCUGCUUACCAAGGCCAAGAACCUACUGGACCUUGCGCAUGGGAAAUCAAACAAUUCUUGCAAUGCGCACAAGGACAAUCUGAUUUGACUUUGUGCGAAGGAUUCAAUGAGGCAUUGAGACAAUGCAAGACAGCUCAUAGUAUGUAAUUGGAAUAAAAUUAAAAGCAAAAAGUGAUGGUAUUGUAGUAGUGACAAAACUGAACUGUGAGCACUUGUAGAUAAAUAU